AUGCCUAUCUCGUACAUCACUACUGAAGUCACGCCCGUCGGCUCACGGUCAAUCACCCCUCAUCUCCGUCGACGCAGCUCCGUCUCGGCAUCGACCACUCCCUCGUCCUACAGUUCGCCGAGCCUGAGCAGUCGCGCGAGCUACAACGAGCGGACGGGCGAGAUCGCGCUGCCGCCUUCGCCACCACUGCGGGCGUGGGACGACAAGAGCGAAAAGAACGCCCUCGGGCUUUACGACAGCGGGUUCGGCGGCAAGGGUGCGCCGCUCGCUUGGCGGACAGCGCCGAAGGGACGGGCGUUUGCGCUGCCUAGACCGUACUACACGGCGCUGGCGUUGACCGCGAUCACCUUGACCUUUGUCUUCCUGAUUUCCUACCUCGUCCCUCCUGCUUCCACGUACCAGCCCACGUCCUUCAUCUCCCGCAUCCGCACCUCCCCAAAACUCGCCUGCGACCCCUACUCCUCCUUCGGCACCCUUCAAGUCGACCUGACCGACGCCGACCGGAAUCAAUGGAUGCCCACCGACCCGAAAUGCCAGCCGCCGCACUUCCUCGCCAAGCUCCGCGAAAUCGCCUCGCACCAACGGCAUCACACCGCCUACUCUCGCACCUCCGUCUCGCCCGCCGACUUUGACUGGCUGCAGAACAAGACGGUCCUCCUCAUCGGUGAUUCGAUCUCACGCGAGCACGUCGAGAACUUUUGCCAACUCAUGGGCGAGGAGUCGGAGAUCAUUCGCCCUUCGCACCCUUGGGCGGCGACGAGCGCUCCUGUUCGCGGGGCGACAAAGGCGCAGCACUACCUCGAGCGGCCGAAGCGGUUGAACCAGCGCGGGUUCAGGGUGGUUCGCGACGCCAGCCGUCCUCGAGUCUGCUUCAUCCCCCGGUUCAACUUCCUCCUCGUCUCCGCCUUCCACUACGGCCUCGACCAGGAGGACUACUGGCGCGAGUCCCGCAUGCCGCAGUACUCGUCGCCCGGCCUGUUCGAGCACCGCCUGAUGGACCAGAUCCAGCCUCUCAUCGCCAACAUCCGCGCCGAGGGUCGCCCAACCGCGCCAGACUACGUCGAAGUGACGAGCGGGAUGUGGGAUCUCGCGCGCUGGGCGGAGCAGGAUAUUGUCGCGGGCAAGAGUACCGAGGAGCUGCUCUCGCAGGAUCGCCUCACCUGGUACCGCUUCCGUGUCGGUCAGAUGAUGGACAAGGUCCGCGCCGCGUUCCCGAACGCCAAGGCGAAAGUCUGGCGCACGCCGCACUACCCGCUCGACCAGGUCGCCGAGUUCGACUACUUCCUCGACAAGAUCAGCAGUCGUGCCGCAAACGCCUCUCGCGUCUCCGACCCGCCAUACUUUGCCCAUUCGCGCGUUCAGCAGAUCGACCGCGCAGUCCGCUCGCUCGUCCUCCCACACUCCUCCGUCGACUCGUCCUCGCCCGCCUCAUCCCGCGCCUCUCCUUCCGCGUCAGUCGACGAUUUCGAUGUCCCGCACCCCGAGUUCCGCCUCAACGAAUGGGGAACGCUUCUCAAAGGCCACCAGGCCCACCAGCUUGACCGCCUGCACGGCGACCCCCUUCCUGGCGGAUACGUCUGGGCAGACAUCAUGCUCUACGAGUUGUGGCGGAGCCAGCAGGGCCAGGUUGCGCGAUAG